CAAUCAAUACUGAAAUAUCGGAUGCGAGAAGUGGCUUCUCCUCAAUCCACCAACGACGUUCCACGUGCCUACACUCCGACUUUCAGAUCAGAAUCACGAACGGAAUCGCGUCUGGAAUAUGAGUGUCUACCUAGACGCAGCAAGAGUGUCGGUCGAUACGCUAAUGACGUAUCUCCAACGCAUGAUGAAGAUAUCGUCGCUCGUUGGCGUGAAGAGCGAACGCGGCUUUCCGGUCAGGACCAUGGUCGAGCAUCGGUCUCUUCCCUGUCUUUAACAUCACCAGGAUCGCGAUAUGGUACGUGCUGUAGCACACCGUCGACUUCCAGUAGCAAUAACAACCGUUUUGCUCUGGAAAGAUCCAAAACUGUACAUUUUCACUUGCCUUCCUAUCGCUUUCGCGACGAAGACAGUCGUCCGAUAGCAUCGUGGUCUGCUAAUUGCAUGCGUUGUGGGCGUCCAAAGCGCGAUUUGUCUUGGCGUGAAAUCGAAUAUCUGUAUGAAUCGCUGGGGAAGCCUGGUAUACAUCUGGCAACAAUCAGUGAAGAGUUGGCUGAAAAAGCCAGUGCUGCGGGGAUUAGUGAACGCCUGGAAGUGGCUUCUGAACAGUUGCACAAAUUUAUCGACGAGCUCCGAAGCCGUCAUGCGCGGUCACCGGGAGCGUUUCCUUCAGUAAAUUCUAACAGUUUGUCUGCUCAACUAACAGGCUCCAGACUUUCUCAUCAGCAAGAAAUAAAGAAGUUGUCGAAAGAAGAAAUAAUGAACAGGAAAAGGGUAGAAAAGCUUUCUGAGGAACUGGAGGAACAAAAGAAUCGGCGGCAUGGAUAUGUUCCUUCUGCUUCACCAUCUUUACAAAAAAAUUUUGACCGGCUAAAUGGUUUAUUAAAUGACUUUGGUCGAGACGAGCGAACUUCAACAUUGAAGCGAAGUACAACACCUGCAGUUGCCACAUGCACCGCCAUUUACACGUUCAAAGCGCAAAGCCCAAGAGAACUAUCUUUCAAUCGUGGCGAUGUUAUUCGAAUACACAGGACUAUAGAUGCCAACUGGAUGCAAGGUGAGCGAAACGGUCAAACUGGAAUAUUUCCCUCUUCUUAUGUACAGAUAGAUGAAUAUUUGCCUUACGAACAGAAACGGGUCUUGGUUCUAUUUCCAUUUUAUGCGAGAAACAGAAAUGAACUAUCGCUUAAGAAGGGCGAAUUAGUUCGGUUUAGACGGACUAUUGAUGCAAACUGGAUUGAAGGUAUCAAUACAAAAGGUGAGAUUGGAAUAUUUCCUAAAACUUAUGUUCAGGACUACGAGCCAGAACUGGAACCUCCACCCUCGUUUGACGGGCAAAUACCGGACAGGCCAAAAACUCCAAAACUUAUGUCACCUGCACUUAGGGAAGAAAGUCAAAUUCAUUUGACAAAGACAUCCCACCAAAGUGAUGUACAGGCUUGGCAGAGAAAGCAUGUAAGCCAUGGUCUGUCUGGUUUGGCUAACAUAGUUCCUAAAAACUCAGAAAUGUAUGGUUUGCCUUGUUUUUUAAUAAUUUAUCGGGCGUUAUAUGCAUACAGUCCGAAGAACUCUGAUGAAUUGGAACUGCAGGAAAAUGAUAUUGUUUUUGUUGUUGAGAAAUGUGACGACGGAUGGUUUAUUGGUGAGUUUAGAAGCACUGCUGCAUACAUGUUUUAG